CAUAAAUGGAGACGCCUUCUUUAAAUGGAUAACAAAUGUGAAGUCAAAAAGUUCAAAAGAUUUAACUGUUCCAUUGGAAUACAAGUUGCUCGGGACAAGGGACUCGGAUAUGUACCAAGGCUUAACAAUGACAACAAAUCAUGGACCCACGUCUUAUGAGACUAGUUUUGUUCACAAUGCUACUGGUACCUCGCCAGUUUACGUACCAACGACUCGGGUCACACCCAUGAUCCCAGCCUUGUCAUACCUCCAAACGCACGCAGCGUCCCAGCAGAGCACUCCGUUGUCGAGUCACUCUGCCUGGGCCCAACCCGACGCAGAGUCUGUUCCCUCGUACAACACGGGCAACGCGCACCAUUCUCCAGUGUCAUCUCGCUUCACGUUCUCCACGAGCCCACCUCUCUCCUCCGCUGUCCGGGAGACGUCAACUUACACCAAUCCUCUGCACAUCUCCAGCAAUGGUAGGGAACACUACGGAACAAGAGGACUUGGAGGGUCUUAUCACAGUCCUUACCCAGCAUAUAUGAGUCCAAACAUGGGGGGCACCUGGGCCACAGCUUCCUUUGACAGCUCAGUCUUGCAUAGUCUACAAUCUGGAGGACCGACGAGCGCAACCAGGCAACCUAGUAUAGAGCUGUUUGAUGACUUUGUGGAGGGCCGUGAGUGUGUGAACUGCGGGGCCAUGUCUACACCCUUGUGGAGGCGGGAUGGGACCGGCCACUAUUUGUGCAAUGCCUGUGGGCUCUACCACAAGAUGAAUGGCAUCAACCGACCCCUCAUAAAGCCCCAGAGACGUCUGUCAGCCUCGAGGAGGGUGGGUCUGUCCUGCACCAACUGUCAUACCACCACCACCACACUGUGGCGCCGUAAUGCUGAGGGAGAGCCUGUGUGCAAUGCUUGUGGACUCUACAUGAAACUCCAUGGGGUUCCUCGACCCCUGGCCAUGAAGAAAGAGGGCAUUCAGACCCGUAAGCGCAAGCCCAAGACUCCCAACAAGUCAAAAUUGGGGACACCUGGCAAAGACUACCCACCCAGCAGCACUCCUACCAAUGGUAGUAAAGCAGAGGAGCUGCGGCCAAUCAAGACUGAGCCUGAGACUACAUCCCUGUACACACACCACAGUGCACACCCACAGGUCUCAUCUGUCCCAGCCUACAUGAGUGUACAUGGCAGUGGAGUUUCUCUCAAGCUGCCCCCUGGUAACCUCCCACCUCCAUCUAGCUCCAAGGGAGAGCCUUGGAACAGCCUGAUCCUGGCCUAAUGACCCCUGCUCAUUGGGGUGAUUUAUUUUGGAUUUCAUGCCAAUUUCUGCUCUACUUAUUCAAGCUCAUGUUUUUGCUAAGGUAAUGAACUGCACAUUCAUCCUUGGUGUAAACAUUUUUACUGUGGUCUAUAGAGGAGUGAACCAGAAUUGGUGUGUACAGCUGUCCCGAAGACGAAUGGAGAAUAACCAUUUGGAACAGCAGCCUACAUAGCAGCCUUCCAGGACUGGAGAUGUGCCGCCUGUCGUUUUCCCUUGGAUUUUCUCUCAGUGCUUCAAUUAUAACCCAAACCUGUAAAACCAUGUAAACUUUGAACUGAGUUCACACUUUCUGUCUCUAUCCUUUUUCAGUAGAGCUGCCUGCUUAUGGACAACCCCUCAUUAGCUUAGUAAAAAUAGUGCAUGAAUAGUGCCUUGCAAAAUGUAUGUAACUACAUUGUUGUUGGUACGGUAUAUUUGAAUUUCAUGCUUUCAAGGCAUAUGUGACAAGAAACAAACUGUGGACUACAAUAUGAUUGAAUCCUUAACAUUUAGAAAUGAACACACACCAGGGUAGUAAAAACCCUGAGGCUCCCACUGUAAGCUAACAUGAAAUAGGGUGUUUAGCUAUUCUUGCCAUUGUGAAAAGUGUAUGCACAUCUUCAGAUAAAAACAAAUGCACUCCUUAAACUAUGGAGAAACAUUCAAGGCAAAACAACUUGGUCACUCCAUUCAGUGUCGAGGCGAAAAUACUUGGCUAGCCAACAUUUCUCAAGCCUGGCCACACAUUUCCUGACUAGUGGAACACACCUCCAAAGUAUUAGUGGAACACACCUCAGCAGUAUCAGUACUUGGAUUAUCCAUAUACAGUGGGCCCCAGAAUUAUUGCCACCCUUGAUAAAUAUGCGAUGUAAUUAGUGCUGUAAACCAAACAUUAAAAUAAGCUAUUGACAUAAGCUUUAUUUUUCCAACAUGUGUAAAGUAGUGUGCUUUAUUAAUGAGUCAAUGGAAUCAACCAAAGUCUAUUUCCCCACUUAUUUUAAAGACGUAUUUCCCCACAAAACUGGUUCCACAAUUAUUGGCACCCCUGGUUUAAUGCUUUGUAGAAACACCCUUGGCAAAGAUGACAGCCAUCAGUCUUUUCCUAUAAUUUGUGAUAUAGUUAGAGAACACAUUUGGAGGGAUUUUUCACCAUUUCUCCAUGCAGACCUUUUCAGAAUCAAGUUUUUCAUGGGUUUUAAGACUGAAGACUGAGAUGGCCAUUACAUGGUAGUGGUUUUUACUGAACUAUUUCUGUGUGGAUUUUGAUGAAUGCUUGGAGUCGUUGUCUUGCUGGACAAUCAACUUAUAACCAAGACUGAGCUUCCUAGCAGAGGCAACCAGAUUUUCUGCCAAGAUUUCCUGGUACUUUGCUGAAUUCAUUGUGCCAUUGAACUUAAAUAGUGCUCCUGGACCACUGGCAGCAAAACAUCAAUGACACACCUCCAUAUUUGACAGUAGGUAUCUGGUGCUUCUCCUUGUACGCAUUCCAUUUAGCCACCAAACAUGUUGAUGGUGUGUAUGGCCAGAACGACCUUUCCAGUCAUAAUUCCAAUGACGUUUGGUAAACUCAAGAUGCUUGGUUUUGUUUAUUGUGCUCAGUAAGGGUUUUUAGGGGGGAUUUGCUUGAGGCUUUAAAUUGAUUAAAGGGAUUAACAAAGUUAAUUAUAGGGGAGUCUUCAGGUUGGGUUUGGUUAGCAGAACGAGAGGGCACAAAUGGAAAUUGGCAAAGGAAAAAUUCCAUACAGAUAUUAGGAAGUAUUUUUCACACAGCGAGUGGUCAAUGUGUGGUAUAGCUUGCCAGUGCAUGUAGUGGAGGCAGAAACACUGGGGGUUUUCAAGACCAGGCUUGAUACGGUGUUAUACUAUUUAGCUUUUAGGCAAAUUAGGCAGUAGGUAGGUAGGUAGGUGAGCAUUGCUGGGCUGAAUUGCCAUUACCUUAUGUUAUGUUAUACCUCCCCUCCAAAGAGUCUGCUAGUAUGGAGGUGCCAUUUUAUGUUU